AUCUUUAGAAGCCAUUUUGGAUGUUGUAGAGCCCUGAGUUUGUACCAUACACCAAGACAUUUUGACGAUUACGAUCAAAUAUCUCGAUUUUUCUUAGUGUCACACGCAAUUUUCACAAUCUAGCGAAAUGCCUAGUAUUAAGCUUAGCAGUUCAGAUGGAGAAGUCUUCUCUGUAGAAGUAGAAAUCGCUAAACAAUCAAAUACUAUCAAAACUAUGUUGGAAGAUCUAGGAAUGGACGAAGAGGAUGACGAAGCUGUUCCUCUUCCAAACGUUAAUGCGGCUAUUUUGAAGCGUGUUAUUCAAUGGUGCACAUAUCACAAAGAUGACCCACCACCUCCAGAAGACGAUGAAAAUAAAGAAAAAAGAACUGAUGACAUCUCAAGUUGGGAUGCUGACUUUUUGAAAGUUGAUCAAGGAACUCUCUUUGAAUUGAUCUUGGCAGCAAAUUAUCUGGAUAUUAAAGGUUUAUUGGAUGUUACUUGUAAAACAGUUGCCAAUAUGAUAAAAGGCAAAAGUCCAGAAGAAAUAAGAAAGACAUUCAACAUUAAAAAUGAUUUUACUCAAGCAGAAGAAGAUCAGGUCAGACGUGAGAACGAAUGGUGCGAAGAAAAGUAA